AUGGCGGAUACCAUAGAAGAAACGGAUCCCAAGGCCGAUCGCGCCCGUCUGCGCUGGCAUGCGGUCGAUGAGGAGACCGGGAAUGAUUCCUCCAGGGCGCAGUCAAGACCUAGAAAUCUGAACCGCAAAGGGUCGGUCGGGUCGGUUGCAUCGCAGUUCUCGAUUCGCAGCAUGAGUAUGAGUCGGCGGACAACGGUCGACCCUUCAGUCACUCUUCCUAUUCAUUAUCGCACGAUUUCGUUCGAAAUCGACGAAGGCAAGGAACGUCAACGCGCUGAGGCUGCUGAGGCCAAAGAUGUCAUUGCUGACGACCUUUCGAACCUCGAAUGGCAUACCCUCUCCCCGACCGAGCUCCAAAAGCGAUGGCAAGUCGAUAUUUCGCAGGGUCUAUCCCCCGACGAUGCGCAACGCCGCCUAGGCCAGCACGGCAAGAAUACAAUAUCGCAUGUCGCACACCCCUGGUUCACCCAGAUAUUUGGAUACUUCUUCAAAGGCUUUGGUGCUAUCCUGCUGGUGGGAUGUAUCUUGGUGUUCGUCUCGUGGAAGCCUCUGGGCCAGCCACCCGCCAUCUCAAACCUGGCGCUGGCUAUCGUCUUGCUAGCCGUGUUCUUCAUCCAGGCGGCCUUUAACGCGUGGCAAGACUGGUCCUCCUCUCGCGUGAUGGCCUCUAUUACUGCGAUGCUUCCUGAAAGCUGUCUGGUCCUGAGAGAUGGCUCGCAGACGAUGGUUCCAGCUCCCGAGAUUGUCCCUGGUGACGUGGUCUACAUCAAGGCGGGCAACAAGCUUCCAGCAGACAUUCGGUUUCUUGAAGUAUCGAAUGAUGCGUCUUUGGAUCGCUCUAUCCUGACUGGUGAAUCACUUCCGAUCAACGCGACCGUCGAUUCUACCGAUAACAACUACCUCGAGACACACUGCGUCGGCCUCCAAGGCACCCACUGCGUUUCUGGAAACAUUCUUGGAAUGGUCGUCUCCACGGGAGAUACAACGGUGUUUGGUAAAAUUGCAAAACUUACCAACGAACCCAAGAAAGGGUUGAGCACGCUAGAAAAAGAGAUUCUGCGCUUCGUUCUCUUCAUUGUCCUUAUCAUGCUGACCAUGGUGAUCAUCGUUAUUAUCGUCUGGUCCACUUGGCUGCGAGAGAAGCAUCCUGACUGGAUCAACGUGCCCACGUUGAUUGUGGACUGCGUCAGCAUUGCCAUUGCGUUCAUUCCAGAGGGACUUCCGAUUGCCCUGACAGCUAGCUUGACCAUCACAGCAGCACUGAUGAGCAAGAACAAGAUCCUGUGCAAGUCCCUGAAAACGGUCGAAACUCUAGGAGCCGUCUCCGUGAUCUGUUCGGACAAGACGGGCACACUGACUCGGAACAAGAUGUUUGUCACGGACAGUGCUGUCUCGACGGACCGGUUUGACCCGGAAACUGUCAGGGACAUGCUCGGUGUGCAGCACCUCCGGUCGGUCGCUGGUCUCUGCAACGCGGCCGAAUUCGAUGCCUCCUCCGCGAACCUUCCCAUCCCAGCAAGACACGUAUAUGGAGACGCCACUGACCAAGCCGUUCUACGCUUUUCAGAAUCUCUUGGUCCUGUGGAUGAGAUCCGACAAUUGUGGAAAAAGACCUACGAGUUGCCGUUCAAUAGCAAGAACAAAUUUAUGAUCCGCACGUUGACUGCGGUCGAUCCCAACGGUGUGUCCCUGGCUUUGUCUCCGGAGGAGACAUCGCAGUUUAAACGGGAAGACACACUACUCACUAUCAAGGGCGCCCCGGACAUUUUGAUCGAACGUUGUACCCAGAUGACUGCUAUCGACGGAACCGUGAAGGCCCUAGACUCAUCGGCUAUGGCAUCUGUCAAAGAGCUCAAAGAUCGUUGGUCUAGCGAGGGAAAGCGUGUGAUUCUCCUAGCUCGCAAGACUCUGCCAGCAGCGGAGAUUGGAAUAUCCCCGUCAUCGCGGGACUUUGAGUCAGAGGCUUUCCGCCAGGCCAGCACGGGCUUGACCCUGGUCGGCCUUCUUGGUAUUGUCGAUCCCCCUAGAGAAGAGAUUCCCGACGUCGUCAACACGUUACGAGGAGCAGGCAUUCGAAUCUUUAUGGUCACCGGUGACUUUGGCCUCACGGCGCUUUCAAUUGCACGGCAGUGUGGAAUCGUGACGGCCAGAGAUGUCGACAACUUCGAAGCCUUGGAAAGGAUCCCCGGUGCCAGUCUAACCGAGAAGGAUGUGGCUGCAUCGUCAGCUAUCGUCAUAACCGGAACGGAACUCAUGAGUCUCAACGAUCAUCAAUGGGACCAACUCUGCCUGUACGAAGAGAUUGUCUUUUCACGGACCACUCCGGAACAGAAGCUUCGUAUCGUGCGUGAGUUCCGCGCCAGAGAUGAGAUUGUCGGUAUGACUGGAGAUGGUGUCAAUGAUGCCCCAUCCCUCAAGGCGGCAGACAUCGGUAUUGCAUUGGGAAGUGGCUCCGACAUUGCCAUUGAAGCAUCCGACAUGGUCUUGCUGGACUCAUUCUCGGCCAUCGUGGAAGCUGUGCAAUACGGCCGUGUCGUGUUUGACAAUCUGAAAAAGACAAUCAUCUACUUGCUUCCCGCCGGCUCUUUCUCGGAAUUCUGGCCGGUCAUGACUAGCGUUGUGUUUGGAUUGCCGCAGGUGUUGUCCUCCUUCCUGAUGAUCAUCAUCUGCUGCUUCACCGAUUGUGCCGCCGCGACUGUGCUCGCAUACGAAGCUCCCGAAGCGGAUGUCCUCACGCGUCCUCCUCGCAAGCCAAAGAAGGACCGACUCGUCAACUGGAAGUUAAUUUUCCAUGCCUAUGUCGUUCUCGGCAUGCUAGAAACUCUGACAUCUUUCUCCAUGGCCUACUGGUACCUUGAGCGCAACGGAAUUCCCUUCUCAGCCCUAUGGUUCAAAUUCGGCAAAGUCCCUGCAAAUAUUGAUCCGGAUUGGUAUAACGCGCGUCUGAACGAGGCCAGUUCCGUAUACUUCAUCAACUUGGUCGUGAUGCAAUGGUUCAAUCUGAUGGCCGUCCGCACCCGCCGUCUGUCGAUCUUCCAGCAUCCGCCGGCUUUCAACAAACGCACCCAGAAUCUGCUCCUUUUCCCCGCGAUUAUCUUCGCUCUCUGCAUGGCCGUUCUCUGGCUGUAUAUCCCUCCUCUGCAGGAUGUCCUGAAUACCACCAGCGUGCCAGCGGAACAUUAUUUCCUUCCUGCCGCGUUCGGCCUUGGGAUUUUGUCGCUUGAUGAGCUGAGGAAGGCAGGGCGGUAUUUUUUCCACAGUUCGGAACUCGCCGAGCGCGCCAAGUCAGAUUUGCUCUCCAGUAUCAGUCACGAGCUGCGGUCCCCGCUCCAUGGCGUUUUUGGGACGGCAGAGCUGUUGGCUGAGACGAGUAUGAACCCACUGCAAUUGGACAUGGUGCACACGAUUCAAUCGUGCGCUAGCACAUUGUUCGACUCCAUCAACCACCUUCUAGAGUAUGCUAAUAUAAACAAUAUGCGAAAUGGUCGCUCUGUACGGGGAUCGCGUUCCUCUGGUGAUUGCUUCAACUUGCCGCCGGACAAGGGGCAAUUUAAGUAUGUACAAGACGACGAAAGGCCAAAGAUUCUGGAUUCGAAUAUCCAACUUGAUGCCGCGCUGGAAGAGGUUGUAGAGAGUGUCUUUGCCGGUUAUGCCUUUCUCAAUGGGUCGCGGUCGCCGCUACGGAAAUCGUCGACACCGGGUGCGAUUGUUUUUGGACAUCAACUAUGCCGCGAACUGGAAGCUCCCAACCCGCUUACCCCGGGGACUGGACUCGGCCUGAACGUUACCUACCGGACAGUAGCUGCUCUGGGUGGUGACAUUCAAGUUAAAUCCCAGAAUGGUCUGGGCACUGAAGUUAUCACCAGAAUCGCUCUUCCGCAGUCUCCCGGGCUUGAAUCGGAUGGGAUUAUUCCAGAUUCGCUGUCCCCUAUUUUCGAGUCAAAGGAGCUCGUGCGUGGUGCAUCCAUUGGCAUCUUGGGAUUGGGUCACUCCGAAGAGGAUGCAAGGUUACGCUCUUCUACCACCCGAAUGUGCCACAAGUGGUUUGAUAUGAAUGUUAUUGAAGUGGGCCCGACACAAGGCGAUUUCCGGUAUUGCGACUUCUAUAUCACAACGCAAGAACACAUGGAAUUAGGGAAUCUUGGGAUCAACGCUAUUGCCCGCGGCCCGGCCCAGCGGUUCGCCUCUCCGAUCAUCACGAUCUGCUCGUCACCAGAAGCUGCGCGCAACAUGUUCAUGGCCAGCAGGGCACGUGGUGAUUUAGAAGUUGUGGAGUUCAUCAGCCAGCCCGUGGUCGACGAGGCCUUUCCACAGCGGAGAAUUGAGGAUAGUGUCGCUGGAAUAGUCGCCGCUGUCGGCUCUGACGUUAAACGCCUCAAGGUCUAUGUUACGGGAGCUAAUCAUUUGUUUGGCAAGGUUCCAGCUGAAAUUCCUCUAUCUGCUGCUGCGACGUUGCCCAAUAAUUUCUGUCCGGCAUUUUUUACCCUGUCAGAGAAGCUUCAGAUCAACCUGCCUUGGCCACGCCCCAUGGACUUCGUGCCUCGGGAUCAGGAUAUCCCCAUUCUGAUCUGGGGCGCAGGUAGCUCAGUUGGUGGCUAUGCGGUCCAGAUCCUCAAGCACUGGGGAUACCGGAAUAUGCUAGCUACGGCCUCCCCCAAACAUCAAAAACAUCUGGAGGAUAUUGGUGCUACACGCGUUUUUGAUUACCGCAGUGCUAAAGUUGUGAGCUCCAUCGCUGAGACCCUGGAGUCUGGAACGUCUCCCCACCCAUUUCGAGUCUUUGACUAUGUGGACUCGAAAUUUGGUUCCCUGAUUCCGAUAUCCAAGCUCGCGACGAAGUAG